AUGCCUCCGAGUGCAGCGGAAAAGACUUGUGGCUCUGGGCCUUCUGAUCAGAUUCGUAAUGGCCUGAUCUCACCCACUUCUCUUUCUAGCAAUUUUAUCAAUACUGGCUUUAAUGCUGGUACUGCUGCCAACACAGAAGUAUUUUCAGCUACCUCUGGCCUCUCUCUCCUAACGGAUCCAUUCUCUGCUGCACCACUCAACCCUGCUGCUGUGCAUCAGUUACAGAUGCAACAGCAGAAAAUGAAUAUUUUCGCUUGUCCCGCAGUACGUUUCGUCUCCAAAAUGCUUGCUAGUUCCUCUAUACUUUUGCUAUUUCACUUCUAUUGGCACAGCCCUAAUACUGAAUAA